CUGCUCCAUUCCCAUUCCAGUUCCCCACACUCACCCCGCUACCCGAUUCCCGACGACGAGCUCGGAGCUCCCCCUCCCCUGCUCGGUGCUCGCCGCGACAACCGCAGCCAUGGCCGCCGCCAACCAGCUGAGCGCCCUCCUCAACAACAUGUACGCCACGGGUUUGCUGGACGAGCAGUUCCAGCAGCUGCAGAUGCUCCAGGACGCCAGCGCCCCUGACUUCGUCUCCGAGGUCGUCACGCUCUUCUGCCAGGACGGCGAGAGGAUCAUCGGCGAGCUCGCCAAGCUGCUGGAGAAGCCCAGCGUGGAUUUUGACAGGGUCGACGCAUUUGUGCAUCAGCUCAAGGGGAGCAGUGCAAGUGUCGGUGCCCAGAAAGUCAAAAACACCUGCAUCCAAUUUCGCGAAUUCUGCCAGUCAAGGAGCAAGGAUGGAUGCCUCAAAACACUGGACUCAGUAAGGACUGAGUUUUAUGAUCUACGCGGCAAAUUCCAGACUAUGCUUCAGUUGGAGAGGCAGAUUCAAGGCUUCUACCCCAAGUAAACCAGAGUUGGGGAGUGGAGCUGCAUGUUGGGAUGAUGCUUACACCUCUCAAGUUUCAAGAACAUGCCGAAUGCACUCCUCAGUUGGCUUCUGUGAAGCCUGUAAUAACGUAGCUGCGAGAUCAGCACUGACACCUCUGUGUUUCCUUAGUCGCCAUUGUCGUCAUCAUCUUAGUAUCGUCCGUGUCGGGUGAUCCAUCUUCCUGCAACCAGUCGCAGGUCGUAUGGUCACUCCUAGUACUAGUUGCCAUUUCGUAUUAUCCCUUAGGUACCCAAUCCGCAUAGCGGUUUGAGCUGAAACGGUGUCAAGCUAGUUGGUCGCCUGUGUCCUGGUGGUGUUAUUUGGUGAAGCAGAACAAUGCUCAGGUUAAUGUGGAUGAAUCUGUUGCUUGGUGACA